AGUCUUGCCCAGCCGUCAGUGGAGCAAGGAGUGUGUACGUGUGUGUGUGCGAGUGGUUCUACAGCGGCUGUGAAAUACCGCUGGGAUCAUCGGCCUCCUUUAGAAAGCUUUUGGGGAAUUUAAAUGUGAUAGACUCCUAAGUGUGCGUUGGAGAAAAGUGUACUUGUGUUUGUGGUGUGUGUGACCUGCUGACACGCGCUGGUCCCAAUGCCAGUUUGCAGAGACAGUGAGAUAAAGAUAAUGUGAAUUGUGUGUCGGAAAAGAACACUAGUGAUAAGACAUAUUCACUCGGUCGAAAAUCCACACAUAAGAAACAACGGCAGAAAUAACCUGGAAUGCAACUAAAUAUGAUAACAGAGACUUAAGUGCUGUGUCAAAAAAACGGUGAAGAGCAAAAGCACAGGACACCAGCAAGCAGCCUCCACCAGGAAGAGCUACUGUGUCCAGUCAUGCGGCUGUGCCUGGGAUACCAUUGCCUCCAUUGCUCGCCAGUCCCCAACGCAGCGAACACACACUGCGUACCCCUACAGUAACUAACCCUUCCUCCCCCUCCCUUAUACACCCCACCCCCUUCCUCCCUCGUCCUGGUGUUCGUGUGGUGGAAGAAGGAUUCUCGUCCACUCAUUACUAAUCCACGUGCGGAAGUGUCCUGCGGAAGGGCCUGUGUAAACUGGGUCUCCGGAUCCGUGUUUGAGCAGAGAGCUUUGGUUUCGAGGGCCAUUUCGAGGAGCGUGGGAACACCCUUUACCGUACCCUCUUCCUCUCCCUCUCUCUCUUUCUCUUUUUUCUCUUUUUCCACACCUUUUCCUUGUUUUCUCUUAUCUUCUACUCUAUCCCACAGCAGCUGUGACUAAGAGGCUAUUGUGUACCCUAUAUAUAUAAUCUUUCUUUCAUUUCUGCGAAGAUAGGCUCGCUCUCGCUGGCUCUCUCUGUCUAUUUAUCCAUUUCUAAUUCUCAUUAAUUCCCUGUCCUUCCCCCUUUCUCUCUUGCACUUGACAGCACCUCCCUUGACACCAUCGCUGAAACCCAACCCCUUUCUCUCUUUCUCACUCACUCUGUUCCUUAACCUCGCGUGUCCUUCUUUGUUCUCUUCACUCUUACCAUCGUCUACAGUGCCUGUUAUUUUCACUGCUUCUCUCUCCAUCUUUUGCUUCCUCUCUCUCAUUUUCCUCUCCUUUCCCUCUUCACCCACUCCUUUAUCGGGUGUAUCUCACGUCUCUAGGCAAGUGGCCGACUGUCGACGCCUCAAGAAUCGUCUCUCUGUAAAUAAUCAGACUCACCAUCACUCACCAUGAGUGGUAGUGGACUAACUGCAACUGGGCUGGUAGUGCUACUACUAGCCAUCAUAGGUAUAGGUGUUGGAUUGUAUUAUGCCUAUAUAUGCCUUAGAGCUCGACCACUCCGUCCCCGACAGCCCCCAGACUCGGAACACGGCCCCUUGAUAUCACCAGAUCCUGAUGUAAAUGGGAACCAUGAAGAUGUCCCACUUGAGGCUUCAGCCCCUACUGAUGAAGAGGAUCCUGAAAAGGUCAAGAAAAUAAUAGAGGAACCCAACAGUAAGAAGGACCCUGCAGACCCACCUGCCUCUGAUAGCCCUAAAGACACUAAAACUCCCAAUGGAUACCCUAAGGAGAAAGAUGAAGUCCUUGUGCCUGUGGAGGAAGUAGUUGCACCAGCAAACAUCUCUCAUGAAAAGGAGACAGUCCCAGUAGUCAAUCAUGUAGCUCCUAUAGGAUUAGUAGCUCCUCUGGGGCUGGUCAUACCUGCAAAGACAGAACCACCAGCUAAGCCCACACAACCUGAAGAGCCAGAGAACAAGACAACUCCUAAGAAAUUGCAGCCUGAAGCCAAGAAACCAGAGUCACAGCCUCCAGCUAGUGGAUCUCCACCUGCACCUAUCUAUGUCCCAGUUCCACUUGCUGUUAAGAAGCCUGUAACUGAUAGUGAUGAGGAAGAUGGCCUGCUGCUUCAGAAGUGUUCACCACACGAUGACAGUCUCGAUCCAGAACAAUGUCCUCAGCUAACAGCUCUGACUGAACAGGUAAAAACUACACCUGAGCCUGAUGCUGAAGCAUUGCCAAUUCAAAACCCUCCUUUACAGCCUUCUGCUCCUGAAGCUCCUGAAACUCCCACUCCUGAAACUCCCUCUCCUGUGAAGGAAGCAGAGGCUUCUCCUCAAGCUGAGGGACCUGAGAUUGUUGUUGUACCAAAGCCUGAUGUUGGCUAUGGUUGGAAAGAACAUGAAGUUCCUGUGAAAAGAGCCCCAGAUUCUGUACCUCCAGAAGUAGUAGAACAACCAGCUACUCCAUUGAUGAAAGAAGAUGUUGAAAAUUUGCAGCCUGUCCAUAAAGUAGAUGUCCCAAUAACAGUAGAUAUCGAGGAAUUAGAUGAUCCCGUUGAGCCAGUGUUUGAGGUGAAAGAUAUAUCUAGAGAUUUAAAGGCAUCACCACCCCAAAAGCCAGUCAGAGAGGAGAAACCAAUCCAAGAAGUACCUCCUGCUGCCACUUCAAAAAAUGAUGAGCCAGUAGAAUCACCACAAGAACUGAAGUCAAAAGAGAUCCCUGUAGCUGUAACAUCUCUGCCUGAAGAGCCAUUAGAGUCAUCUGAUGAUUCUGUUGAAUAUCCACCAGUUGUUUACUUAGAAACCUGUCAGCCAACACAAGAUGCAAGACCUACUUCUGAGUGUAGUGGGUCAUCAGAGGAGGCACUUCCACCUUACCCUGAUUCAACUCCUGAAAAGGAAACAACAGCAAAGAAUGGGAGUGAAAAGGCACAAGUGGAAGGUCCUGCAGCAGCAAAGGGGGAAGAUGAAGGUUCAGAAAGAAAGACUAAACCAGAUGCAGUAGAAUCCCCUAAUAUGACAAAAGCUCCACUUCAGACAGAUCCAGGUCUUCCUUUGGUAAUGCCUACAGUUAUCCCUACAAACAAACCUGUGAGUGAUGCACCAGAUGCCCCUCUAGAAGCUUAUAUACCAGAUUUGAAUGACGAGUAUGGUUUAGACCCUAUGAAUGCAGAUGACAAUUCCCUAGCUGUUAUUAAAGAAGAGGGGAGUACGUGUACUGAGUCUGAGACUGAUAGCAGUGAACCUGAAGUAACUGAAUAUUCAUUCUCUUCAGGACCAACAGCCCCAACUACCUCAGAUAUUCUUGCAGAUGAAGUAAGCUGUUCUAUGGAGCCUGAGGUGACCAAAUAUUCUGUUAUUUCUGAUGUAGAAGCAGAGGAAUUGCAGAGCUCUGACACAGAAGUGAGUGAGACUGAAACUGAUUCAGUUGUACUCUCCACAACUGUGGAUCCUGAGGAAAAAACAAAUGCAUCCUCAGAUCAAAAGCCUGGUAACCCAAAGCCAUGCCAGAGUGAACCAGAUUCCUCUACAAAUGAAAUACUUACUCCAAAUACUACACAUCAAAGAGACAGUGUCCCAGUAACCACCUCAGACUCAGCAUGCACUCAGUUAGCAGACUCGACCAAUGCUCCGUCUCAUGCAAGUUUGUCCAGUUCAGAUGAUUCAGAAGAUGAAUCUGAUGGAGCAGAGGCAGAGCCUGAACUGAGGGAGGAAGUUGUCAAAAUACCAACAGCAUCACAGGAUGAACCUUCUUCUGAGAAUGUGACAGCUUCUUCUUCUGACCUGCCAGCUUCUUCAUCAGUAGCCGAGGAAAGCUCAGGUCAAGAAACCAAGAAUAGAAAUACUCCAGAGAGACUGAGAACAGAAGAAAAGAAAAAUGGCACUCUUCAAAGUGUUCCUGAUUCAACUGAUAAUGAUUUCAUGUCAACCCCAUCAUCAUCACCUUGCAGUUCAGACUUGUCAGAUGAUGAAGUGACAACGUCAACCCCUAAAAAGUCUAAAAUUCCUAGAUUAGUAAGCCACCAGGAAUCAUGAGAAUGAAGUUUUAUAAGUAACCAAGACAUGUAUUUGUUGUCUUUAUAAUGUGAUAGAUCCAUAAUUAAGGCUGUGUUCAGGUGUGGAAUCCCUAUUUUGCUUUUUUACUGUUUUGAUUUGGGAUAAUAAUAGUUCACAUAAGUUCCUAGGACUUUUAGGGUUUAAAGUUCUUCUUGUGCAAGUGUUUUUUUUAUAGGUAUUUAAUUAAUAAAAAAUGACAAUUAAAUCAGUGAUAAAGAAGAGUACUACUAAGAGUAAUGGUUUAAUGUUUUAGUCACCUGUCAAAAUUACGUUACUAUGUAAAAUGUCACAAAAAUAUCUUACUUGUAUAGAAGAUAUGUAAGUAAGUAAAUAUGUCAGUCAAGCAAAACUGUAUUUUUUGAGGGUAUCAUUUGCAAUUUAUAGAACAUCAGUUGAAAUUCGGAUUUGAAAGUGUGCCAAAUUAUAAACUGUAGAUCUGCUUCCCACAAGGAAUAAACAUGGAAUUACCUAUUGGCUUGGUAAAUCUGCUGUUGUUAAUGGGUUGUUUGCAGUCUUUUUUUCAACUAGCUGUCGGGGAUUGGCAUCCCUUAAAAACCAUCACGUUGUAGUGUUGGAUGUUACGUCACAAGUUGUUUUGGAAUCUGUGUUCUUGCAUGUGUUCAAACACUGUACUGUACACUUUGUCAGUAGACACAUUUUGAAAAGCAAUGGAAUGGGACAACAUUCUGCCAAAUGUUUAUAUAGUUGUAUAUUUAUAUAUAUAUAUAUAUGAAUGUUUAAUGUUGCUUCAGAAAUUGCAGAAAGUGGAUUUGGUUUUAGGGGAAAAGCUUUGUUGUAUACUCUGAACAAAAAAGUAAGAGUGACUUUGAUGCAGUGAACUUGGAAAAAUUUACUUAUCAUGUAUGGUUGUAUGUAUUCAUGCUUGUAUGUGAGUGGGGGAUAAAGCUUUUUGGUUCAUGGAAAUUGCGUGGCAUAAUAGUCUGUGUAUUCUCCAUAUACAUAUAUAUUUCCAUUGAUUGUAAGGGAGUAUAUCGCAACUGGAUAUGUCUGAAGACUCAUCAGGUACCAAUAUAACUGGCCUUGAACUUACUGCCAUUGCCAUAUUUGUAGCACAUUCUUCAUUUUUGGGUCAUUUGAUUUUUAUAAAGUAGUCUGAUCAAUUUAGUGUUCCAGUUUUGACAAGUUAUCUUUCCUUAUUGAUAUUAAAGAGUAUAGAUGCAAAUAGCCAUUAAAAUGAUACUCAAGUUCAAUGUAAUGCAAGUUUUAAUGUUAAGUAAAGAGGAUAUUUUGUACCUUAAUGACAAAUGUAGGAGGAGGUCUGAUUAAGAAUUUCACGAUGAUGCUACUAUGUACUUUGUUUUAAUAUUAUAUUGUCAUAGGUGUUUUUUUUUUUUGUACAUAUAUGUACUGUAAUGUCUAAAUGUACAGAAUGUGCAUUGUGGAAUCUUACUUACACCUUCUUUUAUGUAUACCUGUCUUUAGUUUGUAUGAGAAGUGUAGAUAAAAAAUAAUGUCAAUUUAGUGAAGCAUGAGCCAGUUCAGCCUGAUGGCAAUUUCAUUGAUAUUACAAGAAUAACAUUUAGAUAUGCUGUAAAGAUACAGGACUAACUUAUUCAAGCAUCGGUAUGUAGGAGGUACAGUUAUUGAUGAACUUUAUUGUUAUUUAUUUAUUUAUUUAUUUUUUACAACCACUGUAUUGUAAAUUAUGAUCAUGCAGGAUUAGUAAUUAUUUUCUAGAAUAAAAUGAAUAUAUUCUUUAAAUGUUUUAGAUGAAUAAAAAAGCAAAGUAUUUCAUAAAAUAUGUACAGAAAUUAUGCAGAUAAGAACCAAAGCUGCUGCUAUUUUUUUUUUUUUUUUUUUUUUUUUGUAGUAGUAGUAAUAGCAGGUCCUGUGCUAAGCAAGCAUUCCAAUGGUUAGUGGUGCCUAUAAGUUUUUGAAGAAUGUGUUUAGGCAUGAUAUAUUCUUUUACACUAAAUCCUUAAUUUCUUUUUCUUAUUGUCCAUAUAUUUAUAACCUAGUUAAUUGUGCAAUAUACACACUCGUGCCUACUUUCCUGUCUUUUUCAAAGUGCCGAGACACCACCUCAUUUAUGCAUUUGACUACAGUUAACAGUGGUAAUGUUUCUGUACCUUCCUUUGCCAUCACACUCCAGAGUUUUAUCGUUUUAUACAUACUACAUGUAACAUGCUAUAACUGUCUUGUUUUGUACUGUUAUAUGAAUAUAGAUGUAGUAACUGCUGUGUAGCAAGAAUACAUCCACUUAAGUUGGGCAGGUGGUAUUGUAAGGUUUUUCUUGGAUAAAAUCAUUUUAUUUUAGAUAGAUAUUGCUUCAUGCUUUUGUGCAUUACAGUGUUUUGCUAAAGUGAUAGCAUAAGGAAAAGCAACAUAAAAAAAGAAAUAUUAGAAGAAAAAAAUGUAUAAAUAUCUGCAGGAAAUGUCAUUUUUUAUCCAGGAACAAUUUCUACGCCAACAUAUUUUGUAAUGUAUAAUCUGUGUAUGUGAACAGUAUUUUAUGUAAGGGCAAUUAGUUGGUUAGUGAUUAUAAGGCAAGUAAAAAUUGAUGUGGAAAAGUUAGUAUUGUUACACUGUCACAUUCUGGUAGAGUAUAAAUGCAAAUGUAGUAAAAUAUAGAGAAGAGAUAUUAAUAUGAACCAUGUUAAUGUUUGCAGUAAAGUGUCUGUUCACUGUUGAUGCAAGAGGAAGGAUCUUGCACAUGCCUGUUAGAUUUUGUAGAUAUUUUGUAAGUUGUAGAGUCUGUUCUUUUUUAGUAAUUGUUAUCCAAAAUAGUUUUAUUAUAUGGCAAUGUAAGAAUCUUUGAAACCUCUGAGCAUUGAUGAUUACAAAUACUGGUUUAACUUAAGAGUUGAAAAGGAAAAAAAAAAAAAGGAA